ACGUCCCCCCGCCCACCCCGAACAUUGAGUGACACGUUCAAUCGACUGCUGCUCGCUGCUCCUUGCCUAGCCUCGUGCUCAACCGUUACCGCCGUCUUGUUCCUCAGUGCAUCCGCGCGCGCGCACCGCCGCUGCACAAUGGCAAACGCCACCUCCGCCUACCAGCUCCCUCCGCUGCCCGAUUACACUCUCACACCGCAAUCGCCGCUUCUCUCGUGGGUCUCUGAUGAGCUUCUCCUGGCCGCUCUCCCCGUCGUAGCCUACUGGGCCGUCUCCCUCACCUACCACUUCAUCGACGUCUACGACCUCUGCGCGAAGUACCGCCUGCAUACGCCCGCCGAAGUUCUGGCUCGCAACCCCGUUAGUCGCUACGACGUUUUCCGCGAUGUGCUUGUCCAGCAAAUCAUCCAAGUCAUGGCGUCCAUGUUGCUAUCUCUGACUGACGACCCGGCAACUACCGGAAAGGCCGAUUACGACGUUGCGUGGUACGCGCAGAAGAUACGCCUGGCACAGCGAGCUAUUUCUUUCGUCAUGUCCAUACUGGGCUUGGAUCCUGUGGCCUCGGCCUCCAAGUUGUCCACCUCGCAACCUAUGCUCUCGAGUGCCCUGCUUGGAGGACAAUACCCUGGAUUAAUGCAAUCUAUCAAAGUUGGGGGACAAAUCAUCACCGCUCCAGCAUUCGCCUCGUGGGAGCUCACGCUUGCGAGUUUGCUCUACUGGUAUGCCAUUCCUGCCAUCCAAUUCGUCGGGGCAAUUCUCGUCAUGGAUACGUGGGAAUACUUCUGGCACCGUGCUAUGCAUCUUAACAAGUGGUUAUACGUCACUCUGCACUCCCGCCACCACAGAUUGUACGUACCCUAUGCGUAUGGUGCCCUCUACAACCACCCUGCCGAGGGUCUCAUCCUGGACACACUCGGCGCCGGAGUGAGCUCUUUGGUUAUGGGUAUGACGCCUAGGCAGUGCAUGUGGUUCUUUACGACCUCCACUGUCAAGACGGUCCUCGACCACUCCGGCUACGAAUUUCCUUAUGAUCCACUUGUAUGGAUCUUCCCGAACAAUGCCGCCUACCACGACAUUCACCACCAGAGUUGGGGUAUCAAGUCAAACUUUUCCCAGCCGUUCUUCACCUUUUGGGACCGGAUUGGCGGCACCAGGUUCAAGGGUGACAUCCAAGCGAAGUACGAGCGCAGUCGCCGGAUUGCGGAAGAGAAGUUUGCCCAGGAGGUCGAAAACAACACUGUGGACGCCGACGCGGCAGCCACCAUGGCAACAGCACUCGACGGUGACGAGCCCACAAAGUCCCAACCCUUGGCUACGCCUCACACCACGCGGAAGAAGUCAUCUAGCAUCUCGAAUUCUCCAGCUGGGAACUUGAAAGGGUUGCGCAAGAAAGUCAAUGGAAGUCUGCAUGGCAAGAGGGCGAAUGUGUUGGGCGUCGACAGUUCGCAUUAAGCAAUUUCGUUUCUUCAACGACAGUCGUCAACUUGCAACCGGCCUGUUACUUUUGGAAUUCAUAUGGCGUAAGUAAUGUAUAGUAAUUCUCAUGUACAAAAUUCACGGCAACACGGCAUUCGUUUCACCUUUUUUUUUCUUGUUCUUGUUCUUGCUAUCUGGUUUACAGCAUUGAACAAUAAUUCUUCUUCUUGUCGGUGUGGAUUAUGGUAUCAUCACCGCUACGCCGCUCGUUCAGUUUGUAUCUAUUCAUCAUUCUAUCGGCUUUGGCGUUCCCUACGGGUCGAACUAUUCACUCAAUCCAUUUGUUUUCUCUCAUACAGAUCUUGUCAACAUCUCUCUUGUGCCAUCUUGUUUCCUUGCGGAGCAGACGUCGAAUUGUAAAUGUUUAAUGUUCAUGAUAAUCAAUGUGAUAUUCAUUCCAGAGAAAACGGGUGCAAGGAUUUCAUUCCUCGUUCUCGUUCCCCCUUUCAUGUACAAACGAAUCUCUACAUGACGUGCUUGGGAAGGAUAAGUAUUGGUCAUGCGCAAGCACAGGAAGUACAUGUGUAGUAGGUAGACAGUCUACAUGAGACCAUAGCUCUGAGCACGUUGGAUAUUUGUUAAAUAUUCGUCUAAAUGUGCACCUUGAUAUAGCCGUAAGGGAGAGUAAACACUGCUUACCAGAUACAACUACGUGCACCAGCGAAAUAGUGACUCAAGUCGAUAUAUAACCAUCGCGAUCAAUAGACCCAACGCGAAACAGUAGCAAGCAACUCCUCCCUCCCGGCACCACCCUCAGAUAAUCUCAUCGCCUCCCCAACCCAAUCUAACCUCCCAUCUCCAACACACCAGCACGCUCUACACGCUCCCUAGCCCGCGCCAACUCCCUCCCCAAUUCCACCGCCUCACCACUCCCCCCAUCUUCCAACCAACCCCUCACAAAUCCAACCCUCUUAUCCCUCAAAACCUCCCCCUCCUUCCCCAACCCCCGCCGAUACAAAAGCCGACCAAACACCCCCGCAAGCAGCGCCUUCAAAACCCUCGCAUCCUCACCUAUCCGCGCCAAAACACAGGCUUCGCAGCCAUCCUCCUGCAACGAGAACUUGGCCACGAAUCGCUCGUGCACGUCUGUGUAGCCUAUG